UGAAUUGAUUAUUCACAUAUCGAUUUAUGGAACGUAAUUGGACGGGAGAUAACGAUGAAUACAAGAAUUGUUUCCCUUUCAAAAUGGCGACUACCAUUGCAGUGAAAACGAAGCAGAAAACUAAAAGAGAGCCAACAGCAUAUAAUGAGUUAGCAGUGCGUACAAACAAUGGUAUAUUAGAUUAUUGUAGAACAUCAAUGUCUGCACUAUCAGGAGCUGCAGCAGGUGUCCUUGGUCUUACAGCACUAUAUGGAUUUGCAUUUUACUUCAUCAUGGCUUUUGUAUUAUCAUUUUUCUUGAUGACCAAAGCUGGUACAAGUUGGAACAAAUAUUUUAUAUCAAGGCGUGAUCUUGUCACAAAAGGUCUAUUUGGAGGCCUUUUUACGUAUGUGUUGUGUUGGACAUUUUUGUAUGGGAUGGUGCAUGUGUACUGAGAGUGGAGAGAUAGAACAACAGACAGAUAUUACUCUAGAAGAAUGAUGUUGGAACAGAUCUGUAUAUACCAGGGACUACAACACAACACAUUCUUAAAUUAUAUUGUACUAAAUUAUCUUUUAUUGUGAGAUUUAUAAUGAUUCAUUGCAGGAAUUUUAACGAAAGUUACAUUUAUUUCUAAACUGUGUUUCAGUAAAGUGUUGUUAUUUAUCGAUAAUCUAAAUAUGAAUGAAAUUGAUAAUGUUCAUGUCAAUCAUUAAUGAUAUUGAACAUUUUGACAUUCAGUUUGGAAAUGUCAUAUUUUACUGCACUUUAUUGGACAGUGAUAACUGAUAAAUAUUUUAAAGGUCAUGAUAUCAGAAAAAUCAAAAACAGCAUUUCUAUGCCUUUUUAAUGAAAACUGGAAAACAAUGAAUCUUUUGGUGAAAAAAUAAAUAUACAAACAUAGAUCAUGUACCAUUAUGAUUUUCUAAAGGGUUGGUUGGUGAUUUCACAUACAGAUAUUUUGUAUGUAAGAUAAACAGCAAUUUGUUGGGAGGACAUGUUCAGACCUCUUGAAAUAUUACUUUUAUACAUGUUACUCCUAUUUCAAGUUAAAGACUAUAUUCAAUUAAAUGCUAUUAAGACUGCAUGUGUUUUGAUAAUGAUAUAUGUAUAAAAAAUUCACAGUUUUUAAUAAUUGGUAUUUCAGACAAAAUGAUAGUGAAGUCGAUUAAAAUAAAUUCAGUUCUUUAACCUGCCGGGACUGACUGUGAUCAGCCUUUGUCACUUGCCAGUAUAGAGCCAGGCCAGUCUGAACUUCUAUGCAGUCUGACCAGGCUCUAAUAUUGUUGAUAACUCAAUUUUUGUAUUUCUAAGUAAAGCUGUUGCCAUAUGACCUAUACUGUGUUGGUGCAACGUAAAACCCAACUAAACAAAUAAUUGUUACCCAUUAAACUUUGAAUAGACUGUUCCAAACGUUAUUCAAGGGAAAUCCGUUAUACACUGUAGGUUAAAAAAGUUGUAUGUUAAAGAUAAGAAGAUGUGAACUUUAGUCAGAUUGUUGGUGAACUUACAUGGCUGUCAGUAACAAUCAUACUUCAUCAUUGUGACAACUUUGAUUGUCUCCUCACUAAAAAAUUGUAAUUCAUUUCUUGUGCAAUGAGUAAAUGUUGUUGAUACAUUUUGUAUUUAUAAAAUUUUAUGUAUAUAAGAUAUGAUGAUCCUGAAUAAAUCUGAAAAGAAA